CCGUAUGAUAAUACUUUAGAUUACCCGUUGCGAUUUCAGUUUCACCACGUUGCUUGAGGUGUGUUGACUUAGUCGCGGAUAUCUAUAUUAAGUUGCCAAGUAACAUCUACCGCGAACAUGGAUCGUGACGUGAAGGGAAAAGUUGCAGUCAUAACUGGAGCCGCCGACGGUCUCGGCUUGGCUAUGGCUAAGAGCUUUCUGCAGAAAGGUGCUAAGCUCGUGGUGGGACUGGAUGUCAACGAGGAACAGGGAAAAAAAUCAGAAGCAUCCUUGAGAUCAGAAUUUGGGAACGACAGGGUUGUCUUCUACAAAUGUAACGUACAAACGGAUCUGGAAACUAUUUACAACAAAAUCAUUAGUGAAUACAAAAACAUCGACCUGCUCAUAAACAAUGCAGGUGUACUUGAUGAAUUAAACAUCAGGCGAACGAUUGAAGUAAACACCAUAGCCCUGAUGGAAUGGACUGUGAAAUUCUAUGAGUACAUGAGAAUUGACAAAGGUGGGAAAGGUGGAACCAUAAUAAAUGUAUCAUCAAUCUACGGUUUUAGAGUGCUUCCCUAUAUUCCUUAUUACCAUGCAUCCAAGUUUGCUGUUAUCGGAUUCUCGAAAUCUCUCGGCCAUGAGGAUAAUUUCAAGAGGACGGGCGUUCGCGUAGCUACUCUGUGUCCAGGUUUGACAUACACGAAUAUGGCUAACCAUCCAAAGAUAAAGGAAGAAGAAAUGAUGCCUCAGCUGGAAGUUUGCUUGAUGGCACACGAUUGGCAGGAUCCUGAAGAUAUCGGUAGGGGUACGGUCGAGAUUUUUGAAAAAGCUGAUAGUGCGUCUGUAUGGCUUGUAGAGGGUAGGAGACCGGCUGAAAAAUUGAAGUUUUGAGUUGGAAGUCGCUUAAUAUCUUUCUUGUAUUAAAAACAAAAAAAAAAUUACUGACUUUUCUUUGUCACUGAAACUAAUUACCGAGUAAUUGGUAAUUUACUACAAGAUUUAUGCAGAAAUUAGUUUUGCUACAUACACGUAAUUUAUGUGCAUUUAUAAGCGUAUUAAGUCUCUACCGAUUUAGGUACUCGUAUGUAGUAAAAAUAUUCACAGAAAUUGUUGUUAACACAACCAUAAUAUUCUACAAUUUACGUGUAAGACAAGUUUGUUUUCCUUUAUCUUUAAAUACUUAGCAUUUUAACCUUU